AUGCUUCCCGGGCUUUUGCUGGUGGCGGUGAUCCUCCUGGCGGUGACGAUCCCCUGGUACUGGUCGCAGCUUCUUCGCUGGGCCGACGGUAUUCCACGUGCCACACCCUGCCACCGGUGGCUCGGUAAUUUGCGCGAGUUUUUGGGCAAAAGCCCCAGCGAAGUGUUUCUGUUGCUCGAUCGACACUUCCGGCAGCACGAUCGACUGUUUACGUUCCGGUUCGGGCCACAGGUCGCGAUCGGCGUCACGCACCCGGAGCUGGUCCAGAAAGUCCUCACGCAUCCGGCCUGCCAAGCGAAAUCGGACGUGUAUAAGGUGGUUCGCCUCCCGAACGGGCUUUUGGCGGCAAAGUAUGAUGUGUGGAAAAUGCAUCGCAAAACGCUCAAUUCAACCUUCAACGCCCGGAUCCUGGAGAGCUUCGUGCCGAUCUUCAACGAUUGUACACGACGGCUCGUGGGGCGGUUAGACCGCUACACACGGCCUGGCGCGGGGCCGUGCAACAUCCUGGAGUACAUUUCCGCCUGCACGCUGGAGAUGAUCUGCCGGACGUCACUGGGGGGCCAAGUUCUGGAGCGCGAUGGGGCCGAGCAGUUCAUUAGCAACUUGGAAGUCGCACUGAAAACGAUAGGCAUUCGGAUAUUCAACGUUUUCCUGCACAUCGAUUUCAUCUAUCAAUUCACCGAGCUGUACCGGAACGAGAUGAAAGCUAUCGGCGUGUGCCAGCGUUUCACCAAAAAGAUAAUCCAGGACAAGCGGGAAGAGAUUGGGCGAACCUUCAUUGAGACCGGCAUCCAGCAACGGCCGACCGAGGAGACGUACAAGAAGCCUCAGAUAUUCAUUGACCAACUGAUGAAAAUUCCGGCCACCCAGCCAGGUGCCCGUCACUUUUCGGACGACGAAAUUUCCGAUCACAUCUACACGAUGAUCGUGGCGGGCAACGAGACGUCGGCAACGCAAUUAGCGCACACCUGUCUGCUGCUGGCCAUGCACCCGGACGUGCAGGCCAAAGCGUACGCCGAGGUUUACGAGUUGCUCCCGGACAGUGCCCAGGAGGUCACGAUCGAACUGAUGAAGGACCUGGUGUACCUCGAACGGGUUCUGAAGGAAACGAUGCGUCUGAUGCCGGUGGCUCCGCUCAUCGGACGGCAGAACCUUACCGAGCUCGUCCUGGACGGGCACCGCAUUCCGAAGGGAACGAUGUUACUGUUCAACUUCUACUCGCUGCAUCGGCGCAAGGAUAUCUGGGGCCCAUCGGCGGACGAGUUUGAUCCGGAUCGGUUCGCAAGGACCGCACCGCCGUACCAUCCGUACGCGCACCUUCCGUUCAGCGGUGGUCCUCGUGGUUGUAUCGGAUACCGAUACGCGAUGAUGAGUCUGAAGGCGCUGCUGGCGUCGAUUUUGCGCAACUACGAGCUGACCACGAGGCUGCGUUACGAAGACAUCCGCUUCCAGUACCAGAUCUCUCUGAAUCUUGCAUUUGCCCACGAGGUGCAGUUGCGCCGCCGGGACUAG